UCCAACGCGUGAGCCGUGUUUAUCUUCAAUUAUAGAGUUCUUCUCCACCUUCAUAACAUUGAGAGCAAUUAUUUUUCUACCAUUAAAGGAUAAAGAAUAAACUGAAAAGGGGAAGGAUCGAGGAGUCUAUCGGUUUUUCGGGUUGAUUGAGCCCCGGUGAGGCGAAUUGUGGCCUCAAUCGAGGCCACGUUCCGCCCCUGACAUUUGGGAUUAUUCAGUGCCAUUUUGUACUCAACGGUUUUACCGUAAAACGAAAAAAUAACAAUUCUUUAACAAUUUUGGGAUUAAGUGAUAUAUGAAGGAUUUUGUGAGGACGAAAUAAUAAUAGAUAAAUCGAGAUUAUCAUUGAUAAGUGAGAUGAUGAGUGCAUGGUUGAGAGAAUUGAAUAUGCGUGGAGAAGGGUCAUUACAGUUUGUGUUGGAGAGGUCGGAAGACGUGCGUGCGUGAAUGCGCGCGUGCCCCCGUACCCAUGCCCAAACCCUAGGGAAUUUCAUUUUUCUCCACAGUGAACCCUUCACUUAUUUUGGCUAUUAGGCAACACAACCUUUAGUUGUAUAUUUAAUGCACAUGUCGAUGCAGAGUGUCGAGUGUAUCCCCUGAUAUUCUCUAAAUCAUCACAAUAAAUCACUUCAAUCUCGCUAUUAUUGUUGUGUACAAGUUACUUGAACGUAAAUAAUCCUUGAGUACAGAGACAGUGUGGUGGGGAGGGAGAAGUUCUUGAUAUCGAUCACUGGUGUAUAUUGAGAAGAGCCCCGAGGAGCCUCGUGGCUUCAGAGACGUCAAUACUACAUUUCAACAAAAUGAACGAAAUGGGCAAACUGUUUAAUCCGUUGGAGGAUGAUAUUCACAUUGAUCAUCGGAGUUGCUGCAAUUCCCCUAAUAAUGUCAAGGGGAUAGAACAAAGUAUCGGUGACAUGCAGUAAAAUUAUCUAUGUGGAAGAGUGCCUCCUUCGCGACUAAGGGGAUAUUAAUGAAAAAUUGGCUUUGCUGAAGAUUUGAUAACUGAAAAUAACAAUAAAACUUGGCAAACCAAAGACAACAAAUUCGUGACAAACAUUGAAAAAUACUGAGAUUACGGAGAAAGAAGAAGAAUACAAAAAGAGUAAUCCUUCAGGAUGGAAACCAAGUCUUCCAUGUACUGAUUAUUUCUAUUGAAAAAUUCAUUUGAGGGAUCAGUCGACGAUAAUAAAAAUCUUAAAUAGAGAUAAAAUAAAGUUUGACAUUUGAAGAAAGAAGAGAGGCAUGGUAUCGAGGUACGGUGUCGCGAAGGAGGGCGCCGUGGGUGUAGCUGUUGGGGUUGGACCCAUGCACUGUCUACUACCUCACUGUGGUGGACCCCAUCAUCAUCUGUCUCCACAUCAUCCACAGAAUCCAAAUCACAAUCAUGUACAUACGCAUAAUCAUCAGCCACCACCUUCACAGCAGCCUCUAAGUCCUCAUGCUCCGCACAUUGGACAGAUGAAUCAUGGCCAGCAUCAGUUGACCAUCAAUAUUGGCCAUCAUCCUCAGCAACAGCAACAGCAACAGCAACCUCAAGGACAGCAUCAACAGGGACCCCCGCAGUAUCGAAUCGUCACGGCAAAUCCUCGAUCAGAAUUUCAUGUACCUGGACAGAAUUACGGUGCCCAACCAGGGGCUCAGGUGGGUGGUGGUGGGGGAAAUAUAGGUGUACCUGGUGGUAGAAGUCCUUCACUAGGUGGUAUUCCCCAAAUUGGUCAAGGUACGCCUGGCAUACAGCCCGGUGGUCAGCAACAGCCUCCACAACCGCCGACACCCGGUGUACAGCAACAGCAGCCACAAGGCCCUGCACAAACUACAACACCACCGGUUCAUACACCAUCUCCACAAGAGAUGAAUAAACAAGGCCAUUUACAGGCGCAACCGCCCUCCCUGCAACCACCCUUCGUGCCCAAUCAGACAAGACCUGUUACACAGAAUUUCUAUCAAAUGGGAGCGAGACAACCACAAACCAGGAAUAUUCAUCGUGGUAAUCAGGGGGGUACUCCACAUGUUGUUGCAAUACCUAAUGUGACCACAAGUACUGGGCAACCCCAAGCCCUGUAUCAACAAAACAUCGCGGCAUCUUCGAUGUACCUUUCUGGACAGGUUCCCAGCCUUUCACAAGCGCCGGGUUAUCCAAUGAAUAAUCAUAUGCAACCUCUCCUUGCCUAUCCCUCACAACAGAGGCAUCCAUCGCAUCAAUCGCCGCCAUUCUUCCCAGGAUACCCACCCCAUUCGCUUCUACCUCCAAAUGUAUAUGGUGGAUAUGCAACUGGGCCUCAACAAUGGAACUUUUAUCCAACUCAUACGCCACCCAAUUCGUCGAUAAAUUUAAAUCGAGCAAGUACUAAUCCCGUUAGUGGAGGUGGUCAAAAUGUAGGAGGCCCGCUGGUCGGGGCUCAAGGUACGGCCGGUGUACCACAAGGUACAUUGCAGCAACAACAACAACCACCACCGCAACCCAUACCACCAAUGGCCAUGCCACUACAACAACCAACUUAUCCGGGUCACAAUCGUGGUGCACAAACUCCCGUAAAUACGUUUCAAAAAGUGCCAAUGCGGGCACACGCCAUAAUGGACAUUGUGAAUCCACAGACAGGUGAAAAUGUAGCCGGCGAGAUAUACAGAAAUGCCGCAGCUCCCGAAGAAACAAAACCCCGUGAGACUCCACAACCGCAGAAUUCGGCAAUAGCAGCCGAAUUCGCAUCGCGUGUCGCGAAAGCGGCUAGUGAAAGUGGCGAUAAUUCACCGUCGGAACUUAAUCAUACGCCUUCAUCAUCGACAACAGCACCGAGUCCAACAAACGUUAAAACCCAAAUAAAUUCUAGCAAAGAUCCUAUCCAUAACCAAUCAAAUAAUGCUCCUCUGACGCCUAUAAAGUCAAAUCCUCCUCGAUCCCAAAAUAUCGAUAGUCAAUCAAGUGCUCAAGAAACGUCUCAAGUUGAGAUUGAGUCGAAGCCAGUGGCCUCGGUAGCCAAAGACUGGCCACGUAAUGAUACAAAACAGCCGACUAUUUAUCAUAAUGAGCACCAAACACCUCUUCUUACUAAUAAAGAGAAUAUUCUCCCCCAACAGUCCUCUCCAAUUCCCCCAGUGGCAACAAUUGAGUCUGACGUUAAGAGUUCAGCUCCAGCUACAACUACAGCCACAACCACAGAUCCAAUUCCUUCUCAAAUUGAAAAUACUGCCCCACAACCUGCCCGAGAGUCCUUAUCAUUGACCAAGACACCGACGAGCUCACCACCAAGACGGAAACCUCAUCAACAACAGCAGAGUUCAGCUCAAGUCGCCUUUACUGGCAUAAGUACUGGUGACUCUGUCACUGUGACCACCUCAACGCUUUGUACUCCAGCUGCUGAGCCUGUCAAAGAACAGCAGGAGAGGGAAAGCAGUGAGAAGAGUCUUCCUCCCAAGGAGAUUGUUUCCAGUUCAACUAUUAAUCAGGCUGAACAACAGCAACACUUGCAGAAAAAUGGGGAGCCUGCCGAUAAAAUUGAUGAGACUAAGGCUGAUCAAAAAUCUGCAGAUGGCAAGGGUAACCAAAAACAGAGAGGUAAGAUUAAACCUAAAGCCCGUGAUCUCAAUCGCAAGGGUGCGGAGAAAGAGGGUACAGAUAUGGAUGCCUUCGCAGUACCCCAAUCAGUGAAAACUGAUGGUAAAAAUCAGCAGGAGCAUCCCCAUGAAGAUCAGCCAACGAAGGCUGUCUGCAGUACGGAAAGUAAAAUAGAGACACCUGAAGAGAAGCCAGACUCUGAGCCAGAGCCGACGAUAGAAGUUGACCAAGAGGAGAGCAUCAAGUCAGAGGUUUUGAAAGAAACUCCUGAGACUCAGCAAUCAGAAAAGAUUGUUCAAAACCAUAAAGAUCCUAGCAAAGAAUCAACUCCAACGAUUGAAGACAGCAAUAAGUCCUCGAUUAUUGCUGAUAAAUGUGUCAAUGAUGUGGUUGAUCAUGCUAGCAUGACAGACGUCAGUGAUGUUGAAGCUAUUGUUGCCCAGAAGAAUGAGGAGAAUGCCAAAGUCUCUGGUUUGUCUCGUGCCCCGAGCGAAACCAAGACUCUACCUAUGGCAGAUAAGCAGAAUGAGAAUGAGCCACCAAAUCAGCCUGAAUCUAAAGCUCCCCUGCAAUUGAAAUAUCAGUAUGAAGAUGAUCAGUGGAGUCCAAAAAAUAUUGCUGGAAAGAAACGAUAUGGGAGGGAUCUCCUCAUGAAACUCCAAGAAGACCCGAAAAGUCAAGUUAGGCCCCCAAAUUUACUUGACUUAGAAGUCGUUCUCAAGGAUAGCACGAGGCAACCCACUAGGAAUGUCGUUGAUUUGAGUGCGUAUAAGGGAAAUAGGACACACGAAACUCUCUUCCCUGGCUUUGCCAAAUAUUCAUUCAAUGCUAAACUGCCACCUCCUCCGAAUAAAAAGAGUUACCAAGGCAGUAAGAAACCGUCUAAACCAAAUGUGAUUCAUUUAUCGCUUUCGUUGCGCGAGGAUGUAAAACUACGAGAGACUGAGAAUGCAUGGAAGCCAACAAUCUUGAAGAGUGAGAUGCUGCCGGCUGAUGAGGCUAAAUCUCAAAUUCUUUACAAAAAAGUAAGGAGCGUGUUGAAUAAACUGACACCACAGAAAUUCAACACACUAGUUAAUCAAGUUAGAGCGUUAGAGAUUGAUACACAGGAGAGGCUACAGGGUGUUAUUGAUUUGGUAUUCGAAAAAGCAGUGGAUGAGCCCAAUUUUUCAGUUGCAUAUGCAUUGAUGUGCAAGGAAUUGAGUGGUAUGAAAGUGUCAACAGGAGACAAGAGAGUUGAUGAAAGUGGCAAGAACUUGGAAAUCUACGUUGAUUUUCGUAAAUUGUUGCUGACACGUUGUCAAAUAGAAUUUGAAAAGAAUCUGGUUGAUGAAUCAUCGAGAGCAGCUAAAGUACUAGAAAUUGAGAAUACAGCAGAUCCAGAAAAGAAGAAAGAGCUUCAGUUCAAUCUUUCUGAGGAAGACAGAAGAUUACGAAUGAAAUCCGUUGGAAAUAUUCGAUUCAUUGGUGAACUGUAUAAACAGGACAUGCUUAUAGCGAAAAUUAUGCACACAUGUGUCAGUCAUCUUCUCGCAACACCUGACGAGGAGAACCUCGAGUGUCUUUGUAAAUUAUUAACUACAAUUGGUAAAACAUUGGAGCCUAAGAGUGAACCUGCUAUGUUUUCUGGGUAUUUCAAUCAACUAGCAGAAUUAUCAAGUAAGAGAGCAACUAAGAAAAUCAGUUCCCGAGUGAGGUUCAUGAUUCAAGAUGUCAUCGACUUGAGGGCUAGUCAAUGGAUACCUAGGAGAGAUGAUAGUAAUCCCAAGACUAUGGAUCAAAUUCAAAAGGAGGCCGAGUCUGAAAGAUUAGAAAUUCAAAUGAACAAUAGUACACCUAUAAAUACACCAAGGAGGGAUGAUCGUAAUAAUGACAGAAGAAGAAAUCGUGGAGGUGGUAGUGGUGUUGGUGGUGUUGGCGGUGUUGGCGGAGGUAGUGCUGGAUAUGACGAUGGAUGGAUUGUCGCUCCAUUUGGAAAAACUAGUAGGCAGCCAUAUGCGGUGGAAGUAUCAAAAUUGAAUGCCAAGUCACUUCCACUUGAAGAAACCAAAUUGGGCAGUAGAACCGCAUAUAUUUUUGGUGGAUCUGCAGCGGCUGCUAAACCAAAUACACUCGGAACUAAUAAGUAUGCUCCUCUUGAGGAUUUGGAGCAGGACAAGCAAAGAGUGACACCUCAAUUACCAGGGUCGAGAUCGACCGGUGCAAGAGAAUAUGGCAGAGCCGAUCAAUACAAAGCAUGGGAAGGUCGAGGUUCAAGAAAUGGUGGUCACAUGAAUAGCAGCAGUAGCAUGUCAUCGAGUCGUGAGGGUUCACUUCCGGAGGCAGCUCGUAGUCAAAGUGUUUCAAUGCCUACGUCAUCAAUGAAAUAUAAAAUACCUGCCUCAAUAGCAAUGCCUAGUAAUCCAGUUAGCAAGCCUCCCCAAACUGAGGAACAAUUGAAAACAAUCAUCAGGUCUGUCCUGGAUAAGUGCAAUGGCCCCCAGACCGAUGCAUUCAUUGCGGGUGCUGUUAAAAUAAUGAAAGAGCAUUUUGACAAUUCCACUUAUCCAUUCUUUAUACGAGAGACAUUGAAUUCAAUAUUGGAAAAACCUGCUCCGUUUAGACAGCGAUUUUCAGGCCUUUAUGCUCACAUGAUAAAUAAUAAUACGAUUCCCCUGUCGCUAUUCCAAUCUGAAUAUGAGAAAUAUUUGGAAGCAGCCGACGACCUAGUCAUUGAUAUUCCCAGAUGCUGGACGUAUUUUGCGGAAGUUCUAUCGGAAAUGAUUUACCUUGGCGCCCAUUCGCUGGAAGAGCUGAAAAAGACUACGGUGGUGCUCAAAUCUAUGGGUAGCUGUGGGAAACUAGUAGGUGAGCUGUUGAGCAAGCUUGCUAAGGAUUUAGGACCCAAAGUAGUAGCUGAUAAAUGGGACCAAAGUGGACUGCGAUGGAAUGACCUCGUUGAUCCAUCACUUGAAAAUCCAGACGAUAUUGUUGAGAAAUAUAAGCUUGAAUUUCUUACGUCUGACUGUAUUGGUACUGAAAAAUGUUCUGGUGCUGGUUUAACGCUCGAUCAAAUUCAUGAUCAAUUGGUUAACUUAAUGCGCGGCAGCCAUUUUGACAACAUUACCAGUUGGAUUUUGGCGAAUGUUGGUGGAAGGUCCAAACAGCCACAAUUUAUACGAAUCCUGGUGACAGCUAUUCUAGAGGUUUCUAUGGAAAUAAUACCUGCUACUGCAACCACCGCGGCAUCCUGGAAACUUAAUAGUGAAACUUUUAAGAGUUUACUACCUUUAAUAACUCGCUUCGUGGACACAGAGCCACACCUCGAGCUCCAGUGUUUAUUCGCUGUUCAAGCCUACGUUCACAAAUUGGAGCAUCCCCAAGGAGUUUUAGGUAAUGUAAUCGACGCCUUAUAUGAAGGUAGUAUAAUCUCCGACGAUGCCUUCCUCUCGUGGCAACAAUGCACAGACCCAGUCGAGAUGAUGGGCCAUGCAGUGGUUGUUAAAGCCCUCACAUCAUUCUUCGUUAACCUUAAGGAAAAUCUCGAUGAGUCCAGUGAGGAGGCAUGAGAGCACAUCAACACAUCAACACUUGGUAGCUCCAAUAAAUGAUGAUCAAUUGAUGGAAUAAAAAGAAAUGAAAAAAAACGCAGGGACGAGUCAAGAGUCACUCCACGUUUUUUCCAUCCCCAACAAUCGGUUGUAAACACCUGAGUUAUAGACGCCGGUUAUUCUUUCGUUGUUGCAUUCAUUGUGACAUUGACGAAAAUGCUCAACUCGUCUCCUCGACUCGUGUCUUCAAGAGAACCCGUGCUAAAAUAAAAAAAAAACAAAAACAAAAAAAAACUUUAUAUUUUUUAGAAAAAACACUUCGUACACAUUAUAAUGAAAAAAAAAAUAUAUAACGAAAAAUGUUUCUCUUCAUUACCAACAAAUGUGAGGCCAAAUUGCUGGGAAUGUUUUCAAAUGAAAACUUUUCAACAUUAAAUUAUUAAGUGAACCAUUCAAAUAUGAAUAAUAUUGUGACAAGUGGGGAUUUAUGCGAGGCUGUCUGUAUUAUAGUCUAGGACGAGGCAAACAUGAAGAUUUAGACGGGUUAGAAUGAACGAAAUUGAGUUAUUAUUAUAAUAAAGAAAUUGAAGGAAUAAAAACGGAAUGUGAGCGAGAGAGAAA